AAACGCGCUAGUACGCAUGCGCGCCGACUGACAGCUAGCUAGCCCAGCGCACUUCUGAACAGCCAGCAGUGUUUACUGUUUUGCUUUUAUCCUCGCGCGUUGCCCUCUGUCGUUAAAUGUACAUUUUGUAAGUCUAAAAGAGACACAGUUGAGACCAUCUUCACGAGCAUGGCGUUCGUACCGCGCAGCGUUUACGGCUCGGCGUCUGUGUAGUUCGCUAACGUUGAACGCUAAAGUUGAUAGCGGUGGAUAGCAUCGAUGCUAGCUAGCUAAGGGACAGCGGAUUCUUCGGAGCUGGCAUCGAACCCCGUUGUCGUCAGCCAUGGGGAUACUAUUUACAAAGCUAUGGAGGCUUUUUAAUCACCAAGAGCACAAAGUCAUUAUUGUGGGCCUGGACAACGCUGGCAAGACCACAAUUCUUUACCAGUUUUCAAUGAAUGAGGUGGUACACACCUCUCCUACGAUUGGGAGCAAUGUUGAGGAGAUCGUGGUCAACAACACACAUUUUUUAAUGUGGGACAUUGGAGGCCAGGAGUCCCUCAGGUCCUCGUGGAAUACAUACUACACAAACACAGAAUUUGUAAUUGUGGUGGUUGACAGCACAGACAGAGAAAGAAUCUCUGUAACCAAAGAAGAACUCUACAGAAUGUUAGCACAUGAAGAUUUAAGAAAAGCGGGACUGUUGAUCUUUGCCAACAAGCAAGAUGUGAAAGGUUGCAUGACCGUGGCUGAGAUCUCCCAGAGCCUCCAGCUUACCUCAGUUAAAGACCAUCAGUGGCACAUCCAGGCCUGUUGCGCGCUCACUGGGGAAGGGUUGUGCCAGGGGCUUGAGUGGAUGAUGUCGAGGCUGCGUGUGAGAUGAUGACCCUUUGACUUUGAUCAAGAGUGUGCCCUCACACUGCUUUUCUGACACCGAGACGUGAGCGUGAAGUGAGGAUGGAGGGAGUGAGACGGUUGACGGAUGGCCCUCUCCUCUUUUCUGUGUAGCUGACAUGAGCAGAUUGCUGCCAGGACUUUAUAUUCUUCUGUGAUAAUUUAUUAUACACAUGACGUCUGAACUCUAAACCAGAAACGUGACCUUUUCAUAAGGACGUUGGAAAAAGAAGACAUUGAAAUUAUUUAAAUAAAAAUUUCUGCACGGUUUCCCUUUCAGCUAAACACUGAUGUCAGCACAGUGUCUGACUGUGAACUACCUGGACUUAUUCUUCAGCUGUGUGUGAGUCUAGCCCAUGGUGGCCUUGCAGUAUUGCCGUACUGGCUGUGGUGGUUUUAUUGCCCCCUGUGUGUACAGUCCAGUAUUCUCUCUUAACGUGGUGCCUGCAGCAGAAUGUUCAAGCGAUGAUGGUUGACGGUGACUGGAACAUGCAGCAGGAAGGGUGAAAUCACAACAAGCCCUCUUGUUUCAGUUCCUAUGAAUAAUCAGUGAAAUAAAGUGUUUUUAUCUGUUUCA